AUAUAUAUAUAUAUAAUUGAUUGUUUUUUUCGUGGGUGCCAUCCGUCCCCAUCAGCGUCUGGUUCAGUUCAACCACUGUCUCCGAUUGCAUCGGUGUACUGUCACUCAUUACACUCUGUGAGCUGAUCAGUCCUAGUUGUCUCUCCCCAAAGCAUCUUUGCAUAUUUCCCUUUUGUUUCAGAUUCAGCAGUAGAAGACUUUCUCUUUCUCUCUGAUUGGGGAAUUUUGGGAAACCAAUGGCGAGGAAGAAGAUCAGAGAAUACGAUUCCAAGAGGCUUCUCAGGGAACACCUCAAGAGAAUCGCCGGAAUCCAGCUACAGAUCUAUUCUGCCCAGGUGACAGAAUCAACAGAUUUCACUGAACUAACAAACAAGGAAACAUGGCUAUCAUCCACGAGAUUGGUGGUAAAGCCAGAUAUGUUGUUUGGGAAGCGUGGGAAAAGUGGCCUUGUAACUCUGAAUUUAGAUUUGGCUCAAGUUGCUGAAUUUGUGAAAGGACGUUUUGGUGUAGAGGUUGAGGUGGGUGGUUGCAGAGCACCUAUCACCACAUUUAUAGUUGAACCAUUCGUCCCCCAUGACCAAGAAUAUUAUCUUUCCAUUGUAUCUGAAAGGCUUGGUUGCACCAUAUGCUUUUCAGAAUGUGGAGGUAUUGAAAUUGAAGAUAAUUGGGACAAGGUUAAAACCAUAUUUCUUCCAACUGAGAAGCCAAUGGCAGCUGAGGUGUGUGCUCCAUUGAUCGCCACACUUCCUUUAGAGGUUCGCGAUAAGAUUGGGGACUUUAUAAAGGGCGUCUUUGCUGUUUUCCAGGAUCUGGAUUUCAGUUUUCUGGAGUUGAAUCCAUUUACACUGGUUAAUGGGGAGCCAUAUCCAUUAGAUAUGAGGGGGGAGUUGGAUGACACAGCUGCUUUCAAGAACUUUAAGAAGUGGGGCAAUAUAGAGUUUCCAUUGCCUUUUGGUCGAGUUCUAAGCUCCACAGAAAGCUUUGUCCAUUCUUUGGAUGAAAAGACAAGUGCAUCCUUGAAAUUCACCGUCCUGAACCCCAAAGGACGCAUCUGGACGAUGGUAGCUGGAGGCGGUGCAAGUGUUAUUUAUGCUGAUACUGUUGGGGAUCUUGGUUAUGCAUCAGAACUCGGGAACUAUGCAGAGUAUAGCGGAGCUCCAAAUGAGGAGGAGGUGUUGCAAUAUGCUAGGGUGGUUAUUGACUGUGCUACUGCAAACCCUGAUGGCCGUAAAAGGGUCCUUCUCAUUGGAGGGGGCAUAGCUAACUUCACUGAUGUUGCUGCUACAUUUAAUGGAAUUAUCAGGGCCUUAAGGGAGAAGGAAUCGAAGCUAAAAGCUGCAAGAAUGCAUAUUUAUGUGAGAAGGGGUGGUCCAAAUUAUCAGACUGGUUUGGCCAGGAUACAUGCUCUGGGAGAGGAACUUGGCAUUCCUCUUGAGGUUUACGGGCCAGAAGCAACAAUGACUGGAAUUUGCAAACAAGCAAUUGACUGUAUUAUGUCCGAGGCAUAAACCGCUCUUUGUAGUUGCAAUUUUUUGUAUGAUUCCAGAGUUUGAUGUGCUUUCUGCUAUAGUUUUCUAUCUUGAAGCUCCCUCCAAAGAUGACUGGAUUGUUGUAUUGCUUUGCUUCAAAUGAAAAACAACAUGGUGUAAUAAAUGAACCGACUGUUGGUUUA